AACAUAGAACAUUAUGCUUUGAGAGGGACAUAAUUUUCUUUCUUUCGGUCGGUUAACCGUUCGGUUACAGCGAUGCUUCUCGGACCCUUUCAUUCACAACUACCAUAAACCUUCUUCCCAAGUAUACUUCGGUCCAUAAGGCCGGAUUCAAUCAAAAUAAGGAACUCUAUAUGGCCCACGGGACUAAAGCGAACGAAAAGGGCUAAGGGCCCAUUCACGAUCUCCACUACUAAGGCCCAUUAUGUGCCGGUGAUUCAGGCUCAGGGUUGACGCGUCAUAAAGGAUUAGAGGGAGAGAUUUGUUCAUUGGUCCGUUAUAUUCAUGUGGGGGGUCUUCUCCCUCUGCAAGCCCAAAAGGGUUCAAAACCUACCAUGAUUAGGGUUUAUUGAAAGGUCUCCAGCUUCUUCUACGCUCUGCAACAAUGAAAUCAAAACUCCACCAAUCAAAGCAAGAAGACGAAGAUCCUAAAGCACCAACAGAUUUCUCAUUGACACUAACCAGAGUGGCAGUUUCGCAAAUCUGUCAAUCCGUCGGCUUCACAUCCACCCAACGCUCCGCCCUCGAUACCCUAACCAGAAUCGCCACAAUCUACCUCCAGACUCUAUCUAAAUGGACUGCAUCAUACUCGAAUUCCUCAAACCGCACCCAAUCCAACCUCAUCGACCUAAUCCACGCCCUCCACGACCUCUCCUCCGCACAUGGCUUCCUCGGUGCUUCCACUCUUCAUUGCAACGACACCUGCCAAUUAAAAUCAAGCGUGCUCAGGGAUCUCCGGGUUUUCGUUAAGUUCACCGAUGAAAUCCCCUUCGCGAAGCCACUUCCGAGAAAACAGUUUCCGAGGAAUUUGAAAAAACUGAAUGUGAAUGGCUCAAGUGAGGCUAUUCCUCAUAUUCCGAGGUGGUUGCCGGCACUUCCGGGCGCAAGCACCUACAAGGUCGGCGUUGAGAGGUGCGUUGGUUGUAAGAAGUGGGAGAAUAAUGUGGGUUUGAUUGGGGAUUGUGGAGAAGAAAUAGUGAAAAGUAAGAAGAAGAGUGAAAAUAAUGGUAAGAGGAGUGGUACUGCUGAUGAUCAAAUGUUGCCAAUGGAGCGGAGCAGAGUGAGAUUUAAGAUCAAACCAUAAAAAGUUUGUCAUUGGAUUUGGACGAGUUCAGGGAAUCCGCCUUCGCACUGUAUUUUUAGGAGCUAGUAUGGAGUCGAACCCUGGACUUCUAUAAUAUCUUGUUGCAAAAGCUUUCUAAGGCAGCAACCGUUGCGCUUCCAAGUUGUUUCAUCGCAUGCGUCUUCGUAGUUUAAAUAUAAAAGUUAAGUUUAUAUGUUAA